AUGUCUUCAUUCGCAAGACUCCCUCUCAGAUCCCGUAUGGGCGCAUCUCCAGCUACCAGGCUUGCCGCCGUCCAGCGUCACCUCACUACCUCCGCCCCAAAGAUGGCCAGCGCCGAAGAACUCGUCCAAUUCGAGUCCCACCAGGACACGAGGGUUUACAAGCUCAAUCGAUCAGCAAAGCUCAAUUCACUCAAUGAAGAGAUGAUCACCCUCCUCUCCAGUAAACUCAAGAACUGGCGAGAACUCGACUCUGUGAAGGUCAUCAUCGGGCGAGGUGAUGAACGGGCGUUUUGCGCCGGGGGCGAUGUCAAGCAGCUUGUUCUUGAUCUGGAAGCGGGCAAAGACACGGCUGUCAAGUUCUUCAAAGGCGAAUUCCAGAUGAACUGGGUUCUUGGGCGCUUGGGCAAGCCCUACAUUGCCAUCAUUGAUGGUGUCACCAUGGGCGGCGGUGGCGGUCUUUCUCUACCUGCUCCCAUCCGAAUCGCCACCCCUCGAACUAUUUUCGCCAUGCCCGAGACCAAGAUUGGCUACUCUCCUGAUGUGGGCGCCAAUUACUACCUCUCCCAGCUCGACGGCUCCAUUGGUGCUUGGCUCGCCGUCACUGGUCAAGAGGUCUACGGCCGAGCUGCUUAUGAGCUUGGUAUUGCGACCCAUUUCGUGACCGAAAACAACAUUCCCGAGAUUAUCUCACAAAUUACACAACACACUUCUCCUUCUCUACAAUCGCUCUCUGCUCUCAUUGCUUCCUUUUCCGCCUCCUCAUCCGCCACCACAACCCCCUCAUCCAAAUCUUCCCCGGACGGGCCCUCCCCCAUCAAAGGCGAGGUUCGCAAGUUUUUGGACAAGGCCUUCAAGAAGAAGAGUAUUCAGGAGAUCUACCAGACUUUGGACCAAGCUGAGGGAGAUGCUAGCCUGAGUGCAGAGGUCAAGGAAUGGGCUAAGGUGCAGAAAGGACACAUGGACGCGAGAAGUCCUACAGGCAUGGCUGUUGCUUUGCAAAACCAUCAAAAAGCCAAGUCUUCGAAGCGACUCGACCGAACGCUGUUGAACGACUUCUCCAUGGCAACAGCCUUCUGCGGCAAGGACCGAGCCACUGACGACUUUAUCACUGGCGUCACUGCCGUCCUCAUUGAGCGGUCAAAGACUCCUACGGCCUGGACUCCCUCUUCCAUCUCCGACCCCUCCCUCUCGCCUUCCGAAAUCAACUCCAAAUUCUUCUCCUCUUCUUCGCCGCACCUGAAGAACAUUGAAGAAAUUGGAUUUUCGCCUGCUUCUGCCAGCAGUCUUGAUUCCGGGCGCGACUCAACUUGGGGUCAAUUCAGGAAAUUUGGACUUCCGAGUGAGGCGGCGGUCAAGGCUGCCGUAGAAGGGUAUGCGCCUGGAUCUGGAGCUUUCGCCCUCACCGAGGCAGAGCUGGUAGAGCAGUUUGUGGACGCUCAAGGGGAUAUCAAAGGGAGCAGGAGGUCGGAAGUCGAACAGAGGGUCAGGAGUGUUGUGGCGAGUUGUUGUAAGACGGGGAAGGACGGCUAUCUCGAAUGGACAGCGUAG